GGAUUCUGUUGAAGACAAAAUACAUCGCAACUGUUCAUCCAAUUUGACACACUGCUUGGACAUCUCAUGGCAGUACCAAUCACACCUUAGGCCCCCUCCCUGCCCCUACCUCUAUUCCACGAAGCACCCCACCCUGAUGUGGGGAGAUCUUGAUUAAGUGCCUGUAUCGUCGAGGAGCUUGGAGACGAAGCAGCUGCUGACUGGAUGCAAAGGAUAGAUUUUGAGUAAGAGACUGUAUGUUGAAGUCUAGCAGCCAGCCAGCAUGAUUCACUCCAGGACGUAUACCAUCACGGUGCACAUCAACAGUGCCUUCCAAGUUAUGAACGACUUGCGGCGUAGACAUGAACUUUGCGAUAUAGUCCUCUGCGUGGAAGACCAGGAAUUCCACGCUCACCGCAUCGUCCUCGCGGGCUGCUCUCCGUACCUCCGUGCCAUGUUCACCAACGGCAUGCUGGAAUCUGCGAAAAGUCAUGUGGAGAUACGGGGCAUCGACCCCGUUGCCAUGGAAAUCAUCUUGAACUUCAUCUACACGGGUACGAUUGAAAUCGACGUGGAGAAUGUUCAGAUCGUGCUCGCCGGUGCCAGUAUGCUGAACAUGGGUAGUCUACGUAAUGUUUGUAGUACUUUCCUUCAGUCCCAGCUUGAUGCCACUAACUGCCUUGGAAUCCACUCUUUUGCUGACAUGUACUCUUGUCGAGACCUUGAGAACGCCUCCCGUCGCUUUAUCUACCAGCACUUCCAGGAGGUCGUCGGGACUGAAGAGUUCUUCCUCAUGCCUGAGCAGGAUGUCGUCGACCUCCUGAAAAGCGACCAGCUCCAGGUCGACGGGGAGGAGGAAGUCUACGAGGCGGCCAUUUCGUGGCUGAACUAUGACCUCCGAAACCGCAGCCAUUGCUGCUGCAGCGUCCUGGAGAAUGUUCGGUUUGCGCUUCUCGGGAAGGACUACCUCCUGGAGAAUGUCUACAGAUCGGAACUGAUAAAUCGCUGUUCUAAGUGCCAGGAUCAGGUGGCUAAUGCCUUGAGGAUUAGGAACGACAACCAGGCGUUGGCGUUGAUUGGAAGCAGGUCGCAGCCUCAAAGUAUCUAUGUUGUUGGUGGGAGGAAUGACCUGGACUGUCAGCUGAGUAGCUGUGAGCGAUACGAUGCCGUCCAUAAUAGAUGGAUACCACAGGAGAGCAUGGAGAUCUCCAGAACGGCAGUAGGCGUGGCCACCCUGGACGGCCACCUCUACACCAUCGGCGGCGAGUGUGCCUUCAACGGUUCCCAUGACGAUGACACCAUGUACCUAGGUCAAGUUGAAUGUUACAAUCCUCUACUAAAACGUUGGAACCCUGGAGCCUGUCUAGGUGUGCCGAGGUCCUUUGUAUCAGUGGCCGGCCUGGGAGGUCUUCUGUAUGCACUAGGUGGCGAAGAUAACAACAGCAGUCAUAAUGCAGUGGAGGUUUACGACCCUAGCAACGAUCUCUGGACGUUUGCGCCCUCUAUGAAGCAGAGGAGAAGCGGUUGUGGCGUAGCGGUCUGCGAUGGAAAACUUUACGUUGCAGGUGGUUACGACAAGAGCUACCGAACAGAGAGGGCAAGCGUAGAGUGCUACGAUCCAGAGACUCAGGAGUGGCACUUUGUAGCCGAGAUGGAGAAAGCUAGGUCAGGGUUAGCACUGGUUGCUAUGGAUCAUUAUAUCUACGCGGUCGGAGGUCGGUUACGACAUACCGAUCAAUUCUUCAAUAUAGCUGAAAGAUACAACACCCAAACUCAGCAGUGGUCUUCCAUCCGGUCCAUGAUAACACCUCGAGCCUGGCCAGCUGUUGCCAUCUACGACAACAACAUCUAUGUCAUGGGCGGGUAUGAUGGAACCAACCGGCUGCGUAGCGUUGAGGUGUACGAUCCCCAUCUUGAUUCCUGGUCGCGAGCAAGCAACAUGAACGUGGCACGGGCUGGAUGUGGAGCUGCGGUGGUAUGACCCAGUGGAACCAUUUCUUCGCUUUAGUCAGUAGGAGUCGAAGACUCUUUUACCUUGAAGGAAUGAGGAAUCGUAACUGAUGUAGAAAGGAUCCUAAUGAUAUAGACUUUUGUAGGAGCUUAGCAUCUAAUGUGUCGUAGAACUUGGUGAAGCCUUGCAUCGAUGGAAGACAAUAGGUCUGCUUGAAUAGUCCUGAUCAGGUGUGCAGAGUAGAGAUAGUGUGUUCUUUUCAGAUAGUUCCUUGGAAAGGAUUGAAAGCUCAUAGACCUUGAAGGAAGGUGAAGCACAAUCUGGGGCCCGUUUCACAAAGCCUUUUUGCAAUGACAAAUGACAAACAUGAGUGAAAAAUCUGCUGAUAACCAAUCAGAAGCAAGGAUUUCACUAGCUUAUAACAAAAACUGUCAUUUGUCACUGAUGACAAGUUUUGUGAAAUGCCCCCCCUGAUGUUUUGAGGAUCCUGAUCUUGUUGAAUAUUGUAACUUGGUCUGGCCUUGCAUC